CUGAGCACGUUGACGAUUUCUGCGAGUUGCGGUGAGCUACGUGCCGUCGCAGAUUAUAAUGGCUAAGAGUCUGCGGAGUAAGUGGAAACGCAAAAUGCGCGCUAAAAAGCGGGAGCGGUACUCAGUCAAAGAGCUUGCCAAGCUGAAGGAGAUGCUGGAUGCUGCUGCUGGUACUUCCAAAAGCGACGUUGACAUGUCCGAAAUGUGCACCGUCGUCGAUCGUUCUGUCGAGUCUGAUGAGCCGGUGGGAACUGUAGCUGACGGGCAAGCCACAGCAGAGAUGGACGUGGACAAACCAGUGAGGAAGUACAAUCCAAAGACUCUGAGAGAUGAGCAUGGUACCUACCCUGUCUGGAUGAGCCAGAGGGCCAUCCGGAAGCUGAAAGCUAAGCAGGGACAUGGCAAGUCUCGGAAGUCAGCACCUCACAAGGGUAUCAAGAAAAACAAAAAGCGCAAGUCCUCGCGGUAGACAUUUGCAUAAACUCAACAAGUAUUUUGUUAAUAGACUUUCCCUGGGAAUAAAUAUCAACCAUCCUCACA